AGUUCAAGCGGCGUACCCGUGGAUCCCUCAACCAAAGGCCGACUCCGAACAGUCAUAUCGAGCCAGCCCUUGAUAAGGUCAACGGCCCGAUCAGCCUGCCUUUGCAAAUCCACCCGACAUUUCGACAGAGACCCUUCUUCUACUCAACUUUUUUGACCAGCUCCUCGACGCAACCAAGUCUCGUACCGGCAGCCGCGACUCGCAUCCAGCGCCCUGGGUGCUAUCUUAGCGCAGCGGCCAGGCUAGCUUGACAUAAGUAUUUCGACAUCUUGGCAUGACGCCGAACAUGGAAGCAGUCCCGACGCCGAUGGUGACCGAGCUUGUACAUCACAAGCAACCGCAUCGCCGCCGAUCCUCAGCUUCCUCAAACACCUCGACUACCAACCGCCGCUUCAGCUCCCACUCCAUAUACGCCCGAUCUGUAAUGAGCAAACUCACCAUCCCUCUCGACACCGCAAAGCAGCCAAACACAAACACCGACAACGACCUCACUCCCCGCGCCUCAUCCGCUGAGCCCAAAUUUCCUGCAGUUGCGCCUGCAAAGAACGUGCAGGCUCUCAAGGAGCGCGCACUUCAGAAUGGCGAACUAAAGGCUGUACCGAACCCAGUCCAACAACAACACCACAAUGGCAGUCUGGUCACGAAGGAUGGUGUGGGCGCUGCCUUGAGUGACACCCCACUGCCAUCCGUUCCCGGAAGCCCGCGGGACGCCUUAACUCGCAACAGCUCCGCCGUGUCAACCCCUCGAUUACGGCCUACUACGCUCGAUAUCCCCGGCCUGACCAAGUCCAAGGUCUCCCCCGACGGCAAGAUCGCACAGCGGGAUGUCGGCUCCAAGCUCGUCAUCGUCAUGGUCGGACUGCCCGCGCGAGGCAAGUCAUACAUCACAAAGAAAAUGGCACGGUACUUGAACUGGCUGCAGCACGACACCAAGAUUUUCAAUGUGGGAGAGAAGCGGAGAGUAGCUGCGAGCCACAGUGGGUUUCGGCUGUCGCAAGCGAACCUCGAGCGGGUCUCUUCGUCCGUCAAGCAGGCCAUUGAGGAGCAUCAGGACACACUGCCGCAAAUCGCUGCGAAAAUUCUUAUCAAUGGCGACCCCGCGCACGAUGGGCCCGUAGACCCACAGAACCUGCCGGACCCACGCCGGGGGAGCACGGCCAUUGCGGAGGAUGACGAAGAGGGCCCAUCACUACCACCACCACGGGUUGAGGUCACAUCGCCAGGCCCAAAGGGGCCGUCACCAAACAAUGAGGCGGUGGAGGAGGAGAACGAGUCCAUGGAUCAGUCCGCGGACUUUUUCGACCCACAAAACCAACGGGCGGCGGCACUGCGAGAACAAUGCGCAAUGGAGACUCUAGACGACCUGCUCGACUACAUUCUGAAGGGCAGUGGCUCUGUGGGCAUUUUUGAUGCAACCAACAGCACACUCGCGCGGCGCCAGCAGAUCAUGGAACGGAUACGGAACCGCGCCGGGCCAGAACUCAACGUCCUGUUCGUCGAGAGCGUAUGUCGGGACCAGAACCUGCUCGAAUCCAAUAUGCGCCUGAAGUUAUCGGGCCCAGACUACGCGGACAAGGACCCAGUCGCAGCAUUGGCCGACUUCAAGAAGCGAGUGGCUAUCUACGAGAAGAACUACGUUCCGAUUGGCGACUACGAGGAAGACAACAACAUGCCUUACGUCAAGAUGGUGGAUGUUGGUCGGAAGAUGAUCUCGCACCAGAUCAAGGGCUUCCUCGCUGGCCAAGCCGUCUACUACCUCCUUAACUUCAACCUCGCACCGCGCAUGAUCUGGAUAACAAGGCACGGCGAGUCAGCGGACAACGUGGCUGGAAAGAUUGGCGGCGACUCCGACCUUAGUGAGAACGGACAAAAGUACGCAAAGGCGAUGACACGCUUUAUUGCAGCUCAGCGCAAGGACUGGGCCGUCCGGCAGGCAGACAAGAUGGCCAACACUCACUUCCCCCCAGUAGCAGGCGACCACACCCCUCCGAACCCGUACUACAGCCACGAGCUCGAACAACGCAACUUCUGUGUGUGGACAUCCAUGCUCAAGCGCGGUAUCCAGACAGGGCAAUAUUUUUGCGAUGAAGACUUCGAAGUCAAGCAGAUGCGCAUGCUGGACGAGCUCAACGCAGGCCUCAUGGAGGGUCUGACCUACGAAGAGAUCCGCACAAAGUACGCAGACGAGUACCUCCAACGGCGACGCGACAAGCUCGCCUACCGAUACCCUGGCCCCGGCGGCGAAGGCUACCUCGACGUCAUCAACCGCAUCCGCCCCGUCAUCGUAGAGCUCGAGCGCAUGACGGACCACUGCCUGCUCAUCACACACCGAAGCGUAGCCCGCGUGCUACUCGCAUACUUCCAGGGCCUCAAGCGCGAGGACGUGGCUGAUCUGGACUGCCCACUGGGUAUGCUGUACCAGCUCGAGCCUAAGCCCUACGGCGUAGAGUUCAAGGCCUGGCGAUACAACUCCGAGACGGAUGACUUUGAUCAUUUGCCGGAUUACAAGCUCAGGCGUGCGCCUACACUGGCAAACAACUAGGAGCGAUUGUCGUUUGAUUGGGAUUAGAAGAGAUGAGUGGGAUGGUGGGUUGCCAUUACAUUUCGUGGGUUCGUGUUCUCUCCCUAAUGCCCGCCCUCUUUUCACGGCACUUUUGACGCUUGGUUGCGAUGCUUCAUGAGUAUACAUGACGUUUAUGGGCAUUUACAGGCGUCUUCCCUUUUCAUCAUUCUUUGCGUAGAUGGUAUGGCGUAUGAUAGAUUGAUGAACGAGUGGAUGGAUGAUGCAAUGAUGAUUAGACCUUGUCGUCUUCACUUCACUCAAAAUCCAGUGCACUAGACCGCAU